UGAUACUGUCAAUCCUGUAAACAAUACAACUAUGGCUGACCUUAGAGAGGAUACAUUGUGUAGGAUAGAGAGGUUUAGGAAGCAUGGUUACGAAGUUGUCCUCAAGUGGGAGUGUGAGUUCAAAGAUGACCUAGAUGAGAGUGUUGAGAUGAGAGAAUAUGUUGAUGGUUUGGCGUUUGAUACACCUAUAGAUCCUAGAGAUAGUUUCUUCGGGGGUCGUACUAAUAGCACGUGUCUUUUCAAGGAAGUAGAGGAUGGGGAAAGGAUAGACUAUGUCGACUUUACAAGUUUAUAUCCGAGCGUGAACAAGGGGGGUGAAUAUCCGAUUGCUCAUCCUUCCAUAUAUUCCGCAGAGGCUCUUAAGGGUAAGACUUCACCAGCGGAAUUUUUCCGAAUUAUUAAGUGUUAUUUUUUACCCCCUAGAUCCUUGUUCCAUCCCGUUCUCCCCUAUCGUGCCCAGGGUAAGCUUAUGUUUCCUUUAUGCCGUACCUGCGCAGAGACUCUUCAACAGUCUCCUUCCAAUCAUAGUAAUGCUGAGCGUAUGCUAUCCGGGACAUGGUGCUCUAUAGAAUUAGAAAAAGCAUGUCAACUAGGCUAUGCUAUAAAGAGAAUGAGUGAGGUGUGGCAUUUUGAGCAGCGAUCAUCGGAAUUAUUUACAUGUUACUUUGAUACUUUUCUGAAGUUAAAACAACAGGCGAGCGGUUGGCCUGUUUGGUGUGAGACAGAAAGUGAUAAGGACCAGUAUAUAAGGGACUACGAGGAAAAGGAGGGGAUUAAGUUAGAAUGGGGCGAAAUUAAGAAGAAUCCUGGGCUUCGUUCUUUGGCGAAAUUAAUGCUGAAUUCCUUUUGGGGAAAAUUUGGUCAAAGAAAUAAGUUAACGAAAGUAGAGUUAGUGACUGAAAGCAAGCGUUUCUUUAAACUACUAGGAUGUAGGUCAAAUGUCGUGAAAAACGUGCAAAUGGUCAACGAAGAGAGUUUAGAGGUGUAUUAUGCACAUGGGGAGGAAUUCAUAGAAUCAGCGAAGAAUACCAAUGUCGUGAUCGCUAGCUUUACAACAGCAAUCGCUAGACUAAAGCUAUAUUCUGUUCUAGAGUCUCUCCAGGAGAGAGUUUUGUACUUUGAUACGGACAGUAUCAUCUAUAGUAGCAAACCCGGGGAUUGGCAUCCUCCUAGAGGAGAUUAUCUUGGGGAUCUAACCAACGACUUAGAUGAGGGGGAAUACAUAACGAUCUUCGUUUCUGGGGGUCCGAAGAAUUACGGUUAUAAUGGAAGACCGUUUGCAAAGUGCGAGGGUUUACCCUUAACUAUAGGGGAUCGCAACAACUGAAUUUCCAGACCAUUUGUAACGAGGUGUGUAAUCCUAACGGUGAACCCAUCUAUUUAUAUAAUCCUUAUUUCAUUAAGCGGGAUGGGAAAACUAAGACGAUAAGCACUGUGAGCUUGCGCAAACGCUAUCGUUUAGUUUAUGAUAAGAGGGUGGUACAUGGGUAUGUAACAUUUCCUUACGGAUAUCAAAUGUAAGAAGGGUAGAUUUUCAUUGUACAGACUCUUAAUACUCAUGUAUAGUGUAAACAGGAAGACUAUUGUAUAUAGUUAUAUAAUAAGAAUAUUAAUUGUAUCCAUAGUUUUAUGAUAAUUUUGUAAAUAAAAUCCUUAUAAACCAAAA